GUAGUCAGACUUCAUCGACGAAACGAUUCAGUUGUGUUUGUGCUUUGAGAAAGGAGUGUCUAAGGAGUAUUGUUGAUGGAUUAAUUUCACCAUAAAAUGCAAAUAUUUGCGUUCGCUUGAAAAAAAAAAGUGGAUUAUUUUCAUCAAUUUAAGUGUUUAAAUAUGUAGAAAAACAGAAAAACCGAGGAAAACACUCAUAUUUUAUUUCACUUGAUAUUGAACCAUUCUUUGAAGCCAGCGAAAUUUAUUUGUUUCAAGUUACUUCAGUGGCGAAAAUAUUUCCAUGUACAUUUUAUACUUGAACGUGAUUGGAAAAUAGACAAUUAUAAUGGAAUUUAGUUUAAAAGACAAUUUGUUCAUAUUCUUCAAGACAUACAUUCAGUUGUCCCUCUAGAGCAAAAGUGUCAUUUGUGUCGCAGACAAAAAACCGCAAACCGACGCAACGUGACGCGACUCGAUUCAGACACCAAUACCAACACAUGGGUGUCAGUUAUUCAGUGCAAAAACGAUAAACCCUAGAAAUCAACCGGAUAACCGGUAACGUUUCAAGGUCAGAAGUCCAGUCACUGGGACUCUAGUACAUAUUUUAGAAGUGAAUUAAUUUAUGAACCCAUCAAAAAUGGACAACUUAUGGAAGAAGGAAAAAGUACAGGGUAAUUACGUCGAUCUGUUUGCAUCUGUGAAGAAUCCGUAUUUCGAUAUAUAUCUUCAAUCGGUCAAAGCGCAACACACUCGGAAAAACAAUCAGAAAUCGACUGAAUGGCGCUCGAAAGGAAACGAACUAUUCCGCCAAGAAAACUGGCUCGAAGCAGCAAUUUGCUACAUUAAAAGUUUGUGUUUUGCUGAAGUUGGCACAGAAAACGUUGCAUUAGCAUAUUCAAACCGAUCGGCAUGUUAUUUUCACAUGAGGUUGUAUAAUGAAGUCUUGAUGGACAUUGAACUCGCCAAAAACGCAAAUCUACCUGAUCGCCUGCUGCCGAAGCUGGAACAGCGUAAAAAAGAAAGUAAACUGAUGUCGAUGCUUGAGCUUAAAGAGGAAUUCCAACCGAGACUAAGUUACAAAGCUGAUCGGAAUAUUCCGUGUAUGGCAAAUGUCGUGGAGAUUAAAUACAACGAGAAAUUCGGUCGUCAUCUAAUUGCAAAGUCAGACAUUCCAGUUGGGAAAAUUGUUUUGGUGGAAAAUGAUAUUCCUCGAAUCAGGGAUGAACCAUCGGUGUGUCAUUCAUGUUUACGAUUAUGUAUGAAUUGUAUGGCUUGUCCAAACUGUCCCGAUGUUGUAUUUUGUAGCGUUGAUUGCAUGAAUAACGAUCAAAUUCACAAAUUUGAGUGCGGUACAUUUUUUCCACACUUACAGCCUCAAGGUAGGAUUUAUAUCAAAAUACUGUUGUUAGCCACCACCAGUUUCCCCGAUGUGGACAGUCUGAUGCAGUUUGUUGAAAGUGCAUUGCUCGAACAGCCCGAAACAUUACCGACAUCAUUAAACGAUCCCAAGUCAAAGUAUAAUUUCUUCCUCAAACUUUCAACAUCAGCACCGUAUGCUCAGGCAUUAACAGAAGCUCACAAGGUUUAUAAAAUCAUGAUGGAUUUGCCAAAAGUAAGCGGUCUGUUCGAUAGUGCUCGAAAGAAGCGUUUUCUUAUGCAUUUGGUCAUGCAUCAUAUCCUAGUGUACAACAGUAAUGCAUUUAAAUUGGGAGAUUCUCAGUAUGUGGCCACAGUUUCUUCGCUUAUGAAUCAUUCAUGUGCUCCCAAUAUAAUCAGUUGUGCUUUAAAAAACUAUGUAAUCGGUAUGACAGGACGACCAAUCAGAAAGGGUGAACAGCUUUUUAACAAUUACUCAUUGGAACUCUGUGGAAAGCCAUCAAAUGAACGAAAAGCAGAAUUAAAAUCUCGUUGGGGUUUCGAUUGCAAAUGCGAAAGAUGCGAACCGACGCGUGCACCAAUCGAUCGGAAGAUGACCACAUCGGAUCCAUGUUACAAGUACGUGGUCAAAAAUCAACAAAUUGUAGAUGUACGCAAUCAAACUGAAUCGGCCAUCAUUAAGAAGAAGUGCAUUGAAUUUUUGAACAAAUACGGACGCUCAGCAUGGUCACCGGAAAUUGAAUUGGUUUUCAAUGUAUUCGCAGAUUAUUUUGCAAAUGCUUUGUAAUGUGUUGCAAGUUGCAACACUUAUUUUUUUGUGUUACUUCCAUCGCAUGAAUAUUUUCAAAGGAAUUGAAAAAAAAAAAUUAAAAAGAAAAAAAACGAUGCAGAAAACGAAUCAGCAGAAUAAAAGAGUAAAUAGAAUAAAUAAUAGAAUAAUCCUUUGAAAAAUCUCAAUCAAUACAAAACUUUACGGGAUGGCCCACUCGAAGUGUAAACGAAAUAAAUCUUCAGAACUUUUUUUCCUAAUAAAUAUUUUUUGAUGACCAAUCGAUCGAGACCUAAUUACAUCGGAUUUGUGUAGGCUAUUUUAGUUUAAUGCUUUUCACGUUUAAUUCUUAUUCCCUUUUCUUACUUCUAUCGCAUCAAUAUUUUCGUUUCGUCAAGUAUAAAAUUAAGUGAACAGAAAAAUAGUAAGCAAUCAAUGUCAAACAAAUCAACGUUUUUGAAAAUGAUCAUCUCGAUCAAACUCUUUAAAUCUAAAUAAAGAAACAAAACAAA